ACUUGCAAACAUAAUACACAAACUUUUCUAUUAUCAUAAAUUAUGGUUGCACAAUAUAAAAAGUACGUUUUUUAUCUAGUUAUCGUGUUGUUUUUAAUAAAUAUAUUUAAUAUUGGAUACCGACGUCAGAGAGCCUUAAUGCAACAACGUUCUUUGACACAGUCUGAAAACAUUUUAGCAGAUAAAAUCCAUCAAAUCCAUCGAGAUGAAGAAUCGGAACACGGUGAACAAGGUUUUAACUUUUCACGAAUGAAUUUAGAUCAACCUGGUGCUCAUCAAGACCACCAAGGGUUAAAUAAUUUGGAAAAUAUUGAUGAGUAUGAUGGAUACGAUUUGAUGAAAGUUCCACCGAUACAGUUCAAUAAAAACUUCAAGAAUCCAUGCUGGUUUGAGGGAGACCGACUACGAUGUCUCCCCUACGUGUUUGUUAUUGGCGUAAAGAAGUGUGGAACCAGUGACCUAUUCUUCCGGUUGUCCAGGCACCCGGACUUUGCACGUCCAGGCUUUAAAGAAGCUCAAUGGUUUGCUAGAGGGAGAUUUAAAACUAGUAACAUGGAUUUUGAAACGUACGUGACAAAGUUUAACAAGGCCGCCGAAAUAAUACAAGCUACAUCGCACAUCAGCGCAGAUGGAACAUUGAUGAACUCUGUUAAAAUUACGGGUGAGGGAAGUCCUUCAAAUCUUCAUCUGAACUCCCACUGGCAACGGUUACCAGGCAACGAGAACCUGACAGAACCCAGAUACGUCAUUCUAGACUACAUUCGGCAUUUCAUCCCAGACGCGAAGCUCAUCAUAACUUUUAGAGAUCCGAUUGAUAGGCAAGAAAACAAGAUUGCCAAUUUAGAAUACGAUUUAAAAAGGAAACGUUGUAUUCUGACUAUUACCACGAGUAUGGUACCCUGA